AUGGCUAACCAAUGCAAACGUCACUCUGUGUCCGAUCCACUCUCGAAGGAUCUGGUUGAAUGUCUUCGAGAGUCGAUGCAAAGAGAACUCAAAUUUGAAACUCCAUACGUCUUCGUCGUUUUCGGAGCUUCCGGAGAUCUUGCCAAGAAGAAGAUAUACCCAACUCUCUGGUGGUUGUUCCGUGACAAUCUUCUUCCAGUCAACAUCAAAUUCGUAGGAUAUGCAAGGUCUGACUUGACGGUUUGCAAGCUUCGUGAAUCGUUCGAAAAGUUUUGUAAAGUUCGUGAAACGGAGAAAUGCGCAUUCGACGACUUUAUCAAGAAAUGCUCUUACAUUCAAGGACAAUACGAUACUUCUGAUGGCUUCCAACGUCUCCAAUCUUCAAUUGACGAUUUCCAGAAAGAAAGUCACGAUCAAGCUGUGAACCGUUUGUAUUACCUUGCUCUCCCACCAGCAGUGUUCAAUGUUGUGUCGACAGAACUCAAGAAGAAUUGUAUGGAUCGUGGAGAUUCGUGGACUCGUGUGAUCAUAGAAAAACCAUUCGGGCAUGAUUUGAAAUCGUCUUGUGAGCUGUCCACUCACCUAGCUCAACUUUUUAAGGAAGAUCAGAUUUAUCGUAUCGACCAUUACCUUGGAAAGGAAAUGGUCCAAAAUCUGAUGGUUAUGCGCUUUGGAAACCGUAUUCUAGCACCAUCCUGGAACCGCGAUCACAUUGCAUCUGUUAUGAUCUCAUUCAAAGAAGAUUUUGGAACUGGUGGACGUGCUGGAUACUUCGAUACCGCUGGAAUUAUUCGUGAUGUUAUGCAGAAUCAUUUGAUGCAAAUUUUGACAUUAGUCGCCAUGGAGAAACCAGCUAGUCUGAAUGCUGAAGACAUUCGUGAUGAAAAAGUCAAAGUUCUGAAGGCGUGUAAAGUGGUUGAAUUGAAGGAUGUUGUAGUUGGACAGUACGUGGCAAAUCCGGACUUCGAUCAUCCAGAAGCAUCUCAAGGAUACAAAGAUGACAAGUCUGUUCCAGCCGAUUCAACAACUCCAACAUAUGCACUUGCUGUUCUCCACAUUAAUAAUGAACGAUGGGAAGGAGUUCCAUUCUUCCUGCGCUGUGGAAAAGCCCUCAAUGAGAAGAAGGCUGAAGUCCGCAUACAAUUCAAGGAAGUGAGCGGAGAUAUCUAUCCAUCUGGAGAAUUGAAACGGUCGGAGUUGGUGAUGAGAGUGCAGCCGAAUGAAGCUGUGUACAUGAAACUGAUGACAAAGAAGCCAGGAAUGGGAUUUGGAGUAGAAGAGACCGAGCUUGACUUGACUUAUAACAAUAGAUUCAAAGAUGUCCGACUUCCCGAUGCCUACGAGCGUCUUUUCCUGGAAGUAUUCAUGGGAUCUCAAAUCAAUUUCGUGCGAACUGAUGAACUGGAAUACGCGUGGCGUAUCUUGACUCCUGUUUUGGAGGAGCUUGAGAAGAAGAAAAUCCAACCUGUACAGUACAAGUUCGGAAGUCGAGGACCAACCGAAGGAGAUGACUUGAUGCAAAAGUAUGGAUUCAUCUUCACUGGCACUUACAAAUGGGUUGCUCCAAAGCUUUGA